UAAGCACUGGAGCGAAGCAAUUGUUGACAAACGUCUAAAUCCGCGUUUUUAUUCUGUGGUUUGAAAUACCGAUUUAUGGUUUCCGCAUAAGCUGCACAGGCGGUAGAAUGUUUGUAUGAAUUAAACAUUUCAUUCAUGUUGUGUUUUGGAAUUAUGAAUGGAGAACUGAAGACAAAAUAGAAGUGGGAGUGUGUAAAUAUACAGCAUGUUUGAAAACUACAAGUUCUCUUUUUCAUGUUUAUAAUGACGUAAUGAAGUCAUUUUUUACAUCCGGAUAACAAAUUGAAAAGAAAAACAUGAGGUGGUGGACGUGUAUUACAUAUAUUCUGUUUUGCUUACCGUUAAAAUGUAUGGCUUCCACGCGCUGCUAUUAUUCUGAUGGUCAACCUGAAGGUUACUGUCAUGAACAGACGUUUUCAGAAACUGGUCAAGUCCGUUUUGCAGCAACAAUUGGGAUUCAUGAACCACUUGAUGACCAUCUGUGUGGAGACAUAUCCCCCAGUGGUGUCCAAACAGCUAUAGCAGUCAAAUGGAUAGUGGACAUUUUGAACGGAGCAGGAGAUUUUGUCAACGCUUUUGUGCCAGGCAUAAAAUUAGGUUAUGACAUAUAUGAUGAUUGUGGAAUCGUGUCACGUGCUACUGAUGGCGUUUCAGAAAAGGUUUCAAACACAGAUCCUAGUAUUUUGAUGAAAUGUGAUGAUCAAUGUCCAUCAGCGCAACCACCAUUUUUAGGGUUGUUGAGUUCAAGCACACCAGAGGCAACGUCUGCUGCCCUCUCUGUUCUUUCUCCCGCCAUCACAGGUGUGACGUCACAGUCGCCUUACAAAGAAAUUAAUGACAGGCGUUUGAUGUUUACAUUGCAUGAAGAGGAAGAAAUCAAGGGAAUAGUGAAAUUGAUGCAACAUCAAAAAUGGUCUAUGAUAGCUGUUUUAUAUGUGGAUAACCAAAGUGGUGUCGCGAUGUAUGAGGCCCUAGUAAACCAAUCUCAAAAUUCUGGAAUAUGUUUGGCUUAUACAGCUAAUGUAAAGGAAAAGGAUCUAUCAAUAUCUACAGACAAAGCUCAAUUAGAGCCAAUAAUUGAAGAAUUGGAGAAGAGACAGAAGAAACUUAUUGACGAAAAGCUAAGUGUCGUGUUCCUUGGAAAUACGAAAACAGCAAAAAUACUUUUUGAGUACAUUAGUGAUCGUCCAACAAACGUGAUUAUUCAUAAACUUCAAUGGAUUUUCCCUUCAAAUAUCCAUCUGGAUUACAAUCUGAAAAACAUUUUGAAGAAACCCCUCACACAACAGGAACAGAGUCAACCAAAAGUCAUAUUUGUAGAAAAACAACACAGAUCUUUGACCUCUUUCAAGAAUUUUUUUGUUGAUGAACUGCUGAAUUCAAAUAAGUACGAUCAAUUGCCGAAACCUUAUUUGGAUCAGUAUGAGUCAAAGAUGUUGGGUCCUAGCAGUGGAAAUAAAAAUGAUCUUAUUGAAGUUUUUAGACAAACAGGAAGUGUGCUUCCUACAGUGACGGCCAUUAUGAUGUUUGCUACUUCCCUGCGUAAAAUGCAGAAAGAAUUAUGUUCUAUUCAAAGUAAUUUGCAAUUUUGUCCGGAAUUGCGAUCUAAUUUGACUAACGAGUCCCUCCGUCUUGAUCCGUCGAGUUUUGAACAUGAAAUACAAAGCUCCAAUGUAAUUCCAGAUGAAUUGAAAAAUUUAACCAUAACAAAUGACAGUUUUCUGUAUUCUUUUCAAAGUCUUCAAGAUCUUCAGUUCUCUUUGUUUGAUUCUUCAGACGCAACAUUACGAAAGCUAGCAAGCCUCAAGAUUGAAGAAAUUGUUGUUCAUGAUGAAUCCAAGCUACUAGAGCUAACAUCUGAAUGCAAGUUAACAUGUGAAGAGUGUUGGAAUACAGAAGACAUUGAUUUUGCUUAUAUUCCAGGAGAUGUUUUACUUCUGGGAAUAUUCUCACUACGGGAGGAUGGAUCAACAUCUUCCACAGACUCCAUAAACAAAUACAAAUGUGGCGCAUUUCGAGAUGCUUAUACACCUAUUACCGUUUCUUCUUUUCUUCAUUCGAUUACAAGCUUACAAGAGCAAAACCUUGCUAGAACUACUGUGGGAGGCAUUGCUCUAGAUGACUGUUAUAAUCCACUAAGUAUUUCGUAUGUCUUGUCUGAAUUAUUUACAGGAAGGCGUCACUUAAAAGAUCCAGAAACAGGAGAGAGAAUUGACUUCAGUAAAGUCAUUGCUGUUAUAGGAGCACUGUCGAGCAAAGUCACCCAAAUAAUUGCUGAUCAAUUGACUUUACUGGAUAUUCCAUUGAUAUCUUAUGGAGCUUCGUCUGCUACUUUGGAUGAUAGAAUCCGAUAUCCCUUGUUCUUACGAACAGUUCCAAGUGAUCAUUUCCAGGUCCAGGGUUUAGUAGAUCUUUUAGAGAAAUUAAAAUACAGUCAUGUGGGAGUAAUUUACCUAGACGAUGCCUAUGGUCAAAACGCUAAACAAUCUUUUAUAACUAUGACAGAACACAAGAAAAUAUGUAUUGAGGAACCCCUGCCUAUUACUGAAGAUUUCAAAUCUGAUGAAAUACAGUCUAUAAUCGACAAAUUGACCGCACAGAGAGUGAAAGUUGUCCUUUACAUUGGAAUCGAUACAGUUUCUGAGAUGUUGUUGGACAAGCUUAAGUCAAACAUCGCUGAUAUUCAUUUUACUUUUGUUGCCAGCGAAGGCUGGGGAACAAACACUAGAAUUCUAGCUGGUGACCGAGGUAAGGCUGCAGCGGGAACCUUGGUUUUCGUGACCCAUGAUAGCUUCGACAUGUCCAAUUCUUUCAAAAACUACCUGGAAAAUAUAACCUCUUCUUCUCAAACUAAAAAUCCGUGGCUGAAACAGUUCUGGGAAGUGGUGCUGGAAUGUGAUUAUCCGGGUUCGUUUAACAAGCGGUAUUCUAAAACUUGUGGAAAAGGGAUCAAAUUUUCAACAGUUCAAGUUGAAAAUUUCGCCAAAUCUCAGAGAAGUGUUCAUGUUCAUCAAGCUACGUUUGCUUUAGAAAAAGCUUAUCGUCAAGUAAUGAAUGACGUUUCAUGUCAGUCUUUUCGAAAUAGGGACUGUGCUGAUAAAUUUGUGACUGCCAUCAAAUCCACAGAACUUGUGGGAAGUAAUGGGGAAAGAUUAAGAGUGUUUAAAGAUGAUGGCAAUGGAUAUAUGGGAUUCACUGUUUACAAUAUUCAAGCAGUUGGCCAAAAUAAUUACGAAUAUGUUAAUGUUGGUUCAUAUUCAUCAACAAAUAGCGAAAAAUUAAAAUUAAAUAUUUCAAGGAUAAAAACGUAUAAAGAGGGCAAUCCUCCUAUACUAGUUAAUGACCUACAAGCAACAUGUGAAGCUGCAAGAUCUUUGAGAGCCCCUUGCCUUGCAAUUUGUCCUAUUACAUCUACUUUGCCACCGACUACGACUGCACCUAUCACACCUAAACCUGAGGAACCGACGUCAGACAACAGUACUCUACUCAACAUCAUCUUAGCCGUGGUGAUAGGCGUUCUACUGCUCGUUCUUAUAUUUCUUGCAGUGAUGAUGUGUAGGCAACAAAAGGUCACUCAUGCAUUCCAAAAUAAAGAAAUGAUAAUGAAAAGUCCAAGUGUGGGAAGUUUGAACAUUUAUGAAGAACCUUACAGGGAAAGACGAAAACGUACAACAUCUUUUGAACAAAAUGAGCAUGUAAAUUCUUCAACAAGUGGAGUUAUAUCAAUGAGGUCAGGUCGUGCUGGGUCCCUAAAUGUAUCCAAUGGCACAACUCAAAGUGUUAAAACACCAAUCAAAUACUCUGAACUCUUACAAUUAGAAGUUCCAUCAACUGACACCACGAAAUGCGGAUCAAGGGCGUCAGUUGCUACUUAUUUGGACCCUGCAAAUAACGAUAUUCCCAAAAUUCAGAUUACACAAGAUGACUCUAUGUUAAGGAAUCCCAAAUACAAUGUGAAUGAACAACAACAAAGAUCUUUAUCGUCCAACAAUUUGAAAGAUUCUGAUUCACAGCUGAACUACAUUCAAGCCAAGGACCUUGAAAUUGAAGACGAAGAGGAACUUGCCCAGCAAGAAUUGGAUUUAAAUUAUCGGCAGCGUGCAAUUUCACUGAACGAUAGCAUGAUUAAUGGCCAGAACAAUGUUCCCUCUCAACGUCCAGCAACUUUGCCAGGGAUUAUGCCCCGCUCGGUACCAGGCAACAGUGACCAAAUGAGAACCCCUUCCUAUCCAGCUCCAGUACUUUCCUCACAUAUUUCUCCCAUGUACCUUGACGCCAUUCAUGACACUCAGAUCAAUGAACAAUCCAUGUAUCCAGGUAUUCCGAUACAGUUUCAAGGAAAUCCAAGCAAUACACAACUUUUAAUGGUUUCGCCAGGUACAUAUGUACCUGCGAUGGGAUAUCCAGGAAAUCCUGCAUCUGGUUAUCAACAUAUGUAUAUUCCAACUGCUCCACAUUCAAAUAUUGGGUACCAGAUACCUGCAACAACUUUUGCAAACCAAGAUCUUAGACGUCCCCGUGCUUCGUCACUUUCAGCUGGUGUUCAGCACUCUUCAUUGAGUCCACAAAUUGCUUUCUUAAAUAUAAACCAAAGAAGUGAUAUGCCGCAGAGUGUUCAUAGUGUAGCUUUACGUAAUAAUAGAGAGGGUGAAUUUGUGUCCAGCACUUUGCCAGCAUACAAAAACAAAAGUAAAGAUCAAAGAGAGCAUUACCAUUCCAUGACGUCGAUGCCUGACGUCAUUUCCCAUGAACACGACGAUGGAACAGAAAUUAUGAUUUAGAAGAAAAAAUAUAAUGCUUAUAACAUUAAAUUUAUGAUGAGAUAUUAAUUCAAUAUGUAUUUUUAAUAACGUUUAUCUUUACAAGUGUAUAAAUGGAGCAAAUGUAUACGCAAGAAUGAUUUUAACCAAGAUACAUUUGCUGUUCAGCUUGAACCCUAAACUUUUGUUAUUUAUAUACCAUAUUUUAUAUUAUUUGACACAUAUAUAUAUCAUAUCAAACCUGUUUGCAGUAUUUCAGAUAGAAAAUAAGGAUGUUAUAGCUUGACAACUGCAUGGAUGUAAAUGCAUAUCUUUUAAAGUAAAAGCUCAACUGAUAUUAGAUAUUUUUUUCUUUUAUCAUGUAUUUAUACAAGUUAUUGUUAUUGCUUUUCUUUAUUUAAUACUAUGAUCUGCUUUCUGUUUUAUAUUUUUUUAUAUUCAAUAUAUAUACUUUUG